AGAGAAAAAUGAUCUACAAGUCAUUAUAUAUAGAUAUAGGCUGUCUGAAAAUGAGCUAUCCAUUUAACAAACUAAUUAUAAAUCGUGAUCACUGUAUUCAUGCGGUCAUGAGAUUCCAGACAAGUUUCGUUGGAGCUCUGCUCACACUAUUACUUCUCUUCCGUGGCAGCAACACUACUUCCGACACCGUAACACGCAACCGGUUCAUCUCCGACGCUAACAACCAAGCUCUUUUGUCCUCCAACGCCGACUUCAAACUGGGCUUCUUUAGUCCCGGAAAGUCAGCGAACCGGUACCUUGGUAUUUGGUUUAACAAAGUUUCCGAACCUACUGUUGUCUGGGUCGCCAAUCGAGACACCCCAAUCAAAAACAAAACCGGAGUUUUCAAGAUCGCGGAUGAUGGCAACAUCGCCAUAUUCGACACCGACAACGAAAGAGGGCUACCGCUGUGGUCUACCAAUGUGUCAUCAGUUAUGAUCAACUCGACCGCGGUGCUCUUACCUUCAGGUAAUUUGGUUCUGAUCACAACAAACGGGUCAGACCAUACCCACAAUGUUGUUGUAUGGCAAAGCUUUGAUUACCCGACUGAUUCGAUUUUACCGGGAAUGAAAGUGGGGUUGGACCGGAGGAGCGGUCUGAACCGGGUCCUGACUUCCUGGAAGUCAGAGGAUGACCCGGCACCAGGGGAGUUCACACUGGCGGUUGAUAUACGCGGGUCGCCUCAGUUCUUCCUGUACAAGAACUCGGCUCCGAUCUGGCGGGCCGGCCCAUGGAACGGUAUGACAAUGAGUGGGAUUCCCAUAGUUGCAGGACUCAGUACUAACGAAGAAUACUCCAAAGUAGCUGGUCUCUUCAAUUGGAGUUUCAUAGACAGUCAAGACGAGGUAUACUAUUCAAUCUCAGGACCAAAUACUUCAACAUUUCAAAGACUUGUGCUAUUACCGGUGGGAUCAGUCUAUCGGGCAAUAUGGCGAACCGAUACCAAAGAAUGGGAUUUUUUUGUGGGUUCGCAAGAUCGUUGCGACGAAUACUCCCGGUGUGGGGCUUCAGCCAUAUGCAACAAUUACAACACGAUGCAAUGCACCUGUUUGCCUGGGUUCGAACCACAGCCCCCUCGAGAUUGGUUCAUAAAAUGUGCGGAGAAGAAGCAAUCGUACACAUGUGGAAAGGGUGUUGGUGAAGGAUUUAUAAAACUAGCAGGUUUGAAGAUUCCGGACGCUAGGGUAGGCCAAUUGUAUAAGAAUGUGAGCUUAGAAGAAUGCGAAAGGGAGUGCUUGAACAAGUGUAACUGCACGGGGUACGCUAGUGCCGAUGUCAAUGUUGGGGGUCGUGGUUGCUAUGCAUGGCUUGGUGAGUUAAAUGAUAUUAAACAGUACAAUCGCACCGAAGAUGGACAAGAUUUUUACCUUCGCGUCGACGCUCUGGACCUUGCGGCAAAUAUGAGGAAGAACUCAGAAGGUUUUCAUGGAAUGAAGAGGACACUUGUGCUCAUAUUUCUGCCGGUUGCCUUGGGACUGCUUCUCUUCAUUUCUUGCUCUUAUUACUUGUGGAGAAAGCAUGCCAAGAAGAAAGGUCUCAAGCAGAAGCAAAAAUAUCGGGGAAUGUUACUUUUGGACGACACAACUAAUUCAAACAACCAGAAUACUCCAAAAUCAAAUAACCAUGAACCGAGCGGGAUCCUAGAAUUGACAUUCUAUGAUCUAGAUACUAUAGCAGCAGCAACGGACAAUUUCUGUGUCAAUAGAAAGCUUGGAGAAGGAGGUUUUGGGCCAGUUUAUAAGGGUGAGCUAUCGAAUGGACAAGAGAUAGCAGUCAAAAGGUUAUCAAAGAACUCAGGACAAGGAGUCAUUGAAUUCAAAAAUGAGGUGGUGUUGAUUGCAAAACUUCAGCACAGAAAUCUUGUGAGGGUUCUAGGUUGUUGCAUUGAGAAUGAGGAAACAAUGCUCAUCUAUGAAUAUAUGCCAAAUAAAAGCUUGGACUAUUUUAUUUUUGAUGAAACUAGGAAGUCAUUGUUGGAUUGGAAAAAACGACAUGAAAUCAUUGUUGGGAUUGCUCGAGGGAUCCUUUAUCUUCAUCAAGACUCCAGGUUAAGAAUAAUUCAUAGAGAUUUGAAAGCCAGCAAUAUUCUUUUAGACGAUGAGUUGAAUCCAAAAAUCUCCGACUUUGGUACAGCAAGAAUAUUUGGAGCAAAUCAAAGCGAAGCAAAUACCAACAGAGUGAUGGGAACAUACGGCUAUAUGUCACCUGAGUACGCUCUAGAUGGCCUUUUUUCAGUGAAAUCUGACGUCUUUAGCUUUGGAGUCAUAGUAUUAGAGGUUAUCAUUGGCAAGAAGAACUGUGGUUUUUUUCAUGAUGAUCCCUACUCAAAUUUGAUAAGUUAUGUGUGGAAGCUUUGGAGCGAGGAUAGGGCCUUAGAGAUAAUAGACUCUUCAUUGGGUGAUUCAUGUCCCACGCGUGAGAUUCUCCGAUGCAUUCAAGUUGGGCUCUUGUGUGUCCAAGACAGCGCCGUGGACAGACCAACUAUGUCGAGUGUUCUUUUCAUGUUAAGUAACGAAACAGAUCUUACAUCACCAAAGCAACCAGCAUUUACUGUUCCAAGAAGUCAGAACAGGUCUACCGGAACAAAGUCAUCUUCUAUAAAUUCAGUUACAAUUACUGCGCUUGAUGGCCGAUAAACUUAGUAGUAAUUGUAAGGAGUUCGUAUUUAUUGUAUACUUGUAACCCACAAGCAGCCAGACUACUUAUAGUUGUAUUGGGAGAAACGCGAAUGCACAACUUUGUGGCAUGCUGCAUGUAGCUAGAUUGUUACAAUUAGCGACAUGCCAGAACAAUGUUCUGGCCUCAAAUAUAAAGGGAUGUAUAUUGAUACUUAAUCUAGUACCUCUUCAAUUCAUUUGGGAUUUCUACAUUUACAACAGGAUUGAUAGUUUCUUA